ACCUUGACAACUGUCCAGCCUCGCAGCCUCCUCUCCCUCAGGAUGACUGGGAGUGACGCAGGGCAGACGGAAAAAACUGGGUCUUGAAGGGAAGCAGGGCGGCGGGGAUGCUGGGAAGACUUUAGCUUGUAUUUAUUUCUCCGGUUUCAAGUCGGAUGUACGGCCUGGCUCUGCGCCCAGAGGACAUGACGGUUACCUGUGUGCAGGCUUUUCUUGUGACUGACCAGUAGGAAACCAUCGCCUCAUCCAUCCUUGGGGCGGAUCACUUUGGAUACAUUCCCAAGUGGCGGUGAUUCCCGUUUAUGCACAUGGGAAACUAAUCCAAUCAUUUAUUUUUCUCACUGAACACCAAGUUCUGUGUCAGUAGGUGGGAUUUUUUUUUUUCUUUGGACCUACUUCUCUCUACGUCAUUUCAACAAACCUCCACCAUGAAUUACUUGCGUCGACGUCUAUCGGAUAGUAAUUUCAUGUCCAAUCUGCCCAAUGGCUACAUGGGCGACCUCCAACGCACCGACCCGCCGCAGCAAAGCCCCGCAGUGUCGCCCGGGCCGCCGGAGAGGCGCCAGCCCGCCGCUCAGCCGCAGCCUGCAGGCGGAGGCUCCGGUUUCUUCUCCUCCAUAUCCAAUGCUGUCAAGCAGACCACCGCCGCUGCGGCAGCAACCCUAUCCGAGGCGGCGGAUCGGGCUGGCGUCUCCAGCCACGGCAAGAUCCUCCUGGUGAUCGACGACCAGCAGACCGACUGGGUGAAGGUUUUCAGAGGAAGAAAGAUUCACGGCGAAUUUGACAUCAAAGUAGAACAGGCAGAGUUCUCAGAGAUCAACCUAGUGGCCAAUGCCAGCGGCACCUAUAACGUCAACAUUGACGGCAUCAGGAACGGGCAUAAGGUUACUAAAUCCUUCAGCCCAGACUUUGUGCUGAUCAGGCAGCACGCGUUCAGUAUGGACAGGAACGGAGACCAUCGCAACAUGGUGAUCGGACUGCAGUAUGCUGGCCUGCCAAGCGUUAACACCCUGCACUCUGUCUAUAACUUCUGUGACAAACCGUGGGUGUUUGCUCAGAUGUCAAGACUCCACAAGCAGCUGGGCCCAGAGGAGUUCCCACUGAUUGAGCAGGUUUACUAUCCAAAUCACAAGGAAAUGAUCAGCGCCCCAAAAUACCCUGUUGUCGUAAAGAUGGGCCAUGCUCACUCAGGAAUGGGAAAGGUGAAAGUGGACAAUCAGUAUGACUUUCAAGAUAUCGCCAGUGUUGUGGCGCUGACCAAGACCUACGCCACUUCCGAGCCUUUCAUUGACGCAAAGUACGACGUCCGCAUCCAGAAGAUUGGUAACAACUACAAGGCUUACAUGAGGACCUCCAUUUCUGGAAACUGGAAAACUAACACAGGCUCUUCUAUGUUGGAGCAGGUGGCCAUGUCAGACAAGUACAAAUUGUGGGUGGAUUCAUGCGCAGACAUCUUUGGCGGGUUAGACAUCUGUGCUGUGGAGGCUCUACACGGUAAAGACGGCAGAGACUACAUUAUCGAGGUUGACGACUGUUCAAUGCCACUAAUUGGGGACCAGCAGGAUGAGGAUCGAGUUCAGAUUGCAGAACUUGUGGUUUCUAAGAUGCAAGAGACUGUUCCACGUACUCCCAGUUCUUCCUCGGUACGCGCUGCAGCGGGACAGCCAGCACAGAAAGCAGUUUCUCCUCAGCCUGUCUCACAGCCAAGAGUGCCACAGGCUCAACAGCGCCCCUCCCCUCAGGGUGGUCCCCAACAAAGUCCUCCGACCCAGCAGCGGCCCCAGCCUCAAGGCCAGCCUCCCGCACCAGCUCAGCAGUCUGCUGCCAGCCCGGGUCCCGCUGAGCCCGCUUCUCAGGCCAAGCCUAGCCAGGGCCCCUCAGCCCAAACCCGAGCCCCAGGUCAGGGCGCUCCUCAGCGGACCCAGGGAGGCUCCCCUCAAACUCAGAGGCAGCAGUCCGUCUCUCAGCAGCAGAAACCUUCUGCUGGUCAGAAACCUCCCGGUGGGCAGCAGCAGCAGCAGAAACCGGCCCCACUCCCUAGACAACAGUCGCAGGGAGGAUCACAGAAGGUCCAGCCAAACCGUCCCGGGCCUCCAACCACUCAGCAGCCGAGACCCGCCGCCCAAGGUCAGGGUGGCCCAGGGGGACGCCCCCCUCUGCAGCAAAAGCCCCAGCCCCCACAGAAGCCCAGUCAGGACAGCCCGGCUAUGGGCAGCUCUCCACAACUAAACAAAUCCCAGUCUCUUACCAAUACCUUCAACAUUCCAGAAACCCCAGCGCCCCGAGCCAGCCUUAGCCAGGACGAGGUGAAGGCUGAAACCAUACGCAAUCUACGCAAAUCUUUUGCCAGUCUCUUCUCAGACUGAGCUGGCAUCAGAUCCUCCCAUCCCUCUUUCUUCUCCUCCAGCUGAGAGAAAAACAGACAGGCAAACUGAUGGACAGACACCCCUUCUCCACACCACUCCGGAAAUGAGCAAGGACCAACAGAAUCUCCAAUUUAUGAGUGUGAUAUGAAAGUGUACACACUUGACACCCACUGCCCAAACAGUUAAUAUCUAUUAGAGUGAACAAAAAGGUAGAAUAGAGUCAGAUGAUGUGAUGCUUCAGACAUUUCUCGCCUUGCUUAAAGCUUAACCGGGUCAUCAUAGCAAACCUCACAAAAGCCUAUAUAUGUGCAUGUGACAACCAUUAACUAAAAUCAGAAACAAAGCGACACAAUACUGUUUCCUCUUAUUUGUUGGUGCUGUAAAUCCGUUGUGGUAUUUGUGGUCAAAAAUUUGAAGGACUGUACAAUCUUUAUUGGGAUGAGGAAAAUAGUAAAAGAUGUUUCCUAUUCCUCUGUAAAAUCCUGUUCUGGUGACAAUUAUUGCAAGUUAUCCUAAAAUAAAAGUGAGAAAAAAAAACACUCCAUUUUUCUGAAAAGAGAUGUUAGAAAAUAUUUUGCAAUGGGUUGCAAACCUUCUUGUAGUGAUUAAGUGACGUAGCAACUUUAACUGAGAACAAACUCACUAUUGCAAGGGCAAAGAGUGUUGCGUUUUAUUCCUAAGAUAAGAAGCUAGCUAUAAUGGUGUAGCAUUAGGGGAGGAGAUGGAAAUAAAAAAUAGCACAGUAGAAGCUAUAAUCUCCACUUCUUCCUUUUCUUGUACAAGCUAGCGUUAGCUAAACAGUUCAGCUAGCUGCAGGUAAUUAAGAAGGUACGAUAUAAAACUCCCAUGAACCAUUUCUUCAUUGGUUCAUAAACACUCUAGCUCAAAGCAAGACAGUAAUGAUCAAGAUAGCACUAAAAGUGUAAAAUGUCAUCUCAGCUAAAUACUAAACCAAAAUUGCUAAUAGUAAAAUGUAUAAAAAUACCGCAACAAAUAACAACCGAAUCCUAAUGAAAUUAAACAAGCUCUCAUUCAGGAGAGAAAAUGUAGAAGGGAUAAAAAUAGUUUCUUCAUACUUGUUCUGUAUCUUGACAGAAUCUAUUUUCUGUCAGAUGGGAGCAGCUAAAAGUCUCAAUAUGGAAUGAGUAGGAUCCCACACAAAUAUGAAUGUAGAUAUCAAGUUACAGCUAUUAGAUUACAAACAUUUUCAUCUUCCUGUUCCUGUUCUCUACAGUACUUUUGAUGAAAUGCCAGAGAAUGACCCAAGUUUUCUCCCGAUAUUUGAAGCAUAAAGUAGCACCACAUAUAUACUUUUGUUUUUCCUGUUUUAAAGAAUAGGUAUUACCAUUUCAUAGCUUGGUGUACUUUUUUCCAUUAACAGGGUGCCAAAAUGAAACUAUGGCAUUUUCAUCAAAGUUAUCAUAUCAUGAAAACCUUAAAGAAACCCGUGCUUAGCUGGGAUAUUGUUAAUGAUAAGCAUUACUAACCCCAACCCCAUCUUGGGGGUCCUGUGCCUCUGACAAAACACAUUCCUAUAACCCACUCUAAAGUCGUUAUCCGCGUUAAUAUCAGCAGCUGAAUUUUAGUCUCAAUAAUCAGCAUGUAGCAAAAUGGUGUUGAUAAAAAAAAAAAAAAUAAUUGAUCUCUUGAGGACUACGGCAGAAGUGAAAAUAGAUUCGUCGUCUCAAUAUCGUCGGAAUUUGACUGGAAAGGUGAAAAAUCCCACCGCCACCUGCCUCAAUAAUUUUUGUACAGUCCACUUCCACAGCUCCCCGCAGUGUUAGCAGACACUCUAGAUGUGUUCGAUCCGUUUCGACUGCUCACGGUGAUGUCGUAGCUGCAUGUCAAUAGGAGGCAACUGUUGCGGUUUCCAGCAACAUCUCACUUGUAACUGUGUCGUCACAUGUAGUGGAUUAGUCAGUAAAGUAGCUUCUUAGGUGUCGUGGGUAUGUCGUCACUCUCGCUUUUCCUCCCAUUAACUUUCGCUGCACACGAAUGAAAUGGUCUUCACCUUAAGAAGGAAAAUUUAAAAAAAGAACACAAGAAAGCACGCCUUAGACAGACAAGAACGUCAGAUCAAAUGGAGCUGUCUCAGGAAUGUCCACUUGAUUGUGACACUCGUGUGUGGCUGAGGGUCUUCCAUUUUCAGGCAUAAUGUGGCUGUUUACAGAUGAUGAGGGACAUGCAUGCCUUUUUUUCUUUUUUUUUUGUCUGCUGUGACGUUGUUUCAGAUACUUUUGCACAGAUAUUCAGCAAAAAUCUUACUUGAAAACAAUGUCAUGCACAAAUGUGUGAAGUUUGCAUUUUCAGGUUUAUUUGAUGAGGCACUUGAUGGAGCAACAGCUCACUUAUUCUCGCUCUCAGAGGUGGUGCUGGGCUGCAGUGGGGAGCAGCACCCACCGGGAGUUAGAAAACGGUCAACAGGUUUUACAAUGGCCCUGACUUUCUGGGAGGGGCGGUCGCAUUGCACUCCAAACCUGAGUCUGUUUUAUGAAUCUCAACAUCUACUUCCAACGCUGCUUUCUAUUCUUUUCACUGGGACAUACCCUUAUACUCAGCCAAGGAAUGUUAUGGUGAGAUUUGUGUGUGCAAUGAUAGCAGCAAAACAAUUGUAACGAAGGAUCUCUGCAGAAGUCUUCUCUAAUCGCAGCAGAACUCCAAGUUGCUAGUGGAAAUCAACUCUUGUUACCAGACGCUAAACAUGUCUUCCAAAAAGAGUGCAUUCCAUUUGAAUAUUCAUGUAGAGCUGCAAUAACCUGUUAUUUUUUUCUUUUUUAGAGAAGUAGAGAGUAAUCACAAAAUAUUGAUUCUGCAGAGUCUCCUUCACGCUGCCUGUGCUUAUUGGUCUGUUCGUGUAGCCACAGUGUCUCCUUGUGCUCAACAGUGCAUUAAUGUGCAAAUGUCCAGACCCAAUAGAUGUGCUGUAAAGAGCUCUGAGCUUCUCCUCCUUGCUGCUGUUCAUGCUUAUUGAUGUUAGGUGUGCUGGCGAAUUGUUCAGUUUUUACGUUAAAGGUAUUCAAGUGGCUCUUUUACUUAUUUUGGCAUUGCCUUUGUAAAACCCGAGGUUUCACAGAAUGGGGCUUGUAAUGUUAUGCAUUAAUUGAUUCAGGGUAUCAUUUUAAAAUUCCGCAACUCAGUCGGCGCGUAUAUUUGUCUGAUUUAUCGCAAGUCUAUCAGCAAAAUCAGCAAUGUGUGAAAGCAAGCCAUCGCAUUUACCAUGGAUGGUUGUUUUAAAAAAUAUAUUACCCUCAGAGGCCUCUUUGCCACUCUGAGACAUGAAACAUGCAAGGUGCACUGAAUGAGCAGAGGCAGCAAUGCAAUGACGUUUCCUUUUCUUUGGGUUUGGGUUUUCACUAAUUUGGAUCCUUUAUAUCUGACUGUGAAUGUACAUUUUUGUUUGUUUUCAUACAGAUGACUUUAUUGUUUACCUAUUGCACUGUAUAAUCAUUGUGAAAAUAUAAAAUCAUUAUGAACCUGUGAAUGGGUUAAAGCAGUCAGUUGAUGCCUCUCAUGUUCAAAUCGUUACACCCUAAAUGUGAAAAAGUGCAAACGCCCGAGGUUCCUCAUCGUCGCAGACAAGACGAUGUGUCAUAUAUUUUAUGGUGGAUUAUUGAGUUAAGUGUAAAAAGAAAAUAGAUGUUAUAUGCAAUGUAGCUAUAUCAUGUGAAAAUGAAUAUGUUAUUGAAACAUGGACACGUCCAAUAAAGUCUAUGACCAAAUACAAA